ACUCAACUCAACUCAACUCUUAAAACAAGUCCGAAAUUUUGAGUAUAAGUCAACUCGAGUGAAAUUGCACUUGUUUUAUUAACCAAAAUCCCAGCUGCACGUGGCCAUACACCCUAACACCCAUUUUCACCCCCCUAUUCAGCUCACCAAUUUCAGCAAAAAAAAUCACAAAAUUUGCACUACUUUCUCUCUCACAAAAAUAUCCUGUCUAUCUUCUUCACCUUCCUUUCUUUCUGUCUUUCUCUGUAAAUUCAAUCCCAACUUUCUAGGGUUUAUCAAAAAACCCUCUUCAAUCCCACUAAAAAUGUCAACUUUUCUCUCUCCUCUCGGACUCAAACCCAUUUUCCACCCGUACCCAUCUCGAAUUCGGACCCUCCAAACCCCCUUCUUUCACCGAACCCAUUUUCCGCACCAAAAUCAUCGAACCCCACUUGUUGUCGUUGCUAAGUUCGGGUUCUUGAACUCGGGUCAAUUACCCGACCCGGAAUUUUUCGAGGGCACUGUCAAAGAACUGUUUGGUAGAGCUGAAGGAAUUCUUUACACCAUUGCUGAUGCUGCUGUUGCUAAUUCUGAUGUUGUUGAUGCUUCCAAUACUACUACCAAACAAAAUGGAGAUUGGCUUUCUGGGAUUACUUCUACCAUGGAAACUGUUCUUAAGGUGUUGAAGGAUGGAUUGACAACAUUACAUGUACCGUAUGCUUAUGGGUUUGCAAUUAUAUUGCUAACUGUGCUGGUUAAGGCGGCCACAUUUCCUUUGUCCAAGAAACAGGUACAUUUUUUUAUUUGUGUUGAUAUCUUGGUUAUUUUUGGAAGAUGAAAUGUCUUGUUAAAU